AUGCUGCGUGUCUUCCUGGCUUCGGGCAAGGUGGCCGUCACCAUUUCCGCGGAGGAACUCCGAGAGAGGCCGGACAGUCGGCCCAUUCGAGCCCUGAAGGGCCUCCUCCGAGACAUCUGCGGCGAGCCGCGGUUCAAGCAGCAGCUCUUGAAGGAGGCCCUCGUGUUGAGCGACGAUGCGGUGCUGGAUGGGCCGGCUGACCUGCAGCUCGUUCUCUUGCCUCACUGCAAGACUUCUGCAGAGCGGGAGCAUGAGCUCCUGUCCGCAUCGGUCCGCGAUGAUGUCUGCGAGGUCGAGCGCAUCUUACACCGACCCCAGGAUCCUGAUGUGUGCAGCCCCCAUGAUGAACCCAGCGUACAUGGCCGCAUCCGUGUGGGAAAGGACACGAGGCCCUUGGUCUGUGCAUCUUGGCACGGACAUGUGGCAGUUGUCCGCCUCUUGUUGGAGGCAUUUGCUGCUCCUGGCAUCGCAGCUCAUGACGACAGGACACCAGUGGUAGCAGCUUGCGCUGCUGGUCGCUUGGAGGUCGUCCAAGUUCUGCUGGACGCCGGUGCCCAAGUCGACGAAGCUGACGCGUCAGGCGCGACGCCUUUAGCUACAGCUUCUACUCGGGGUCACUUGGAGCUCGCGCGACUGUUGGUGAAGGUGGGAGCUGCCGUAGACAAAACUGACAAGGCUGGCCGGACGCCUUUGGCAUCAGUGAGCGCAGCAGGUCUCGUGGAGGUCGCCUGCAUGCUGCUGCAAGCAAGUUCCGACAUCAACAAAGCUGACAAUGCUGGCUCGACGCCUCUGGCAUUUGCUUGUGCCGAAGGCCACUUGGGCAUGGCUCGGACGCUGGUAAUGUCAGGCGCAGACAAGGACAAGCCCAAGCACGUGGGCUCGACACCCUUGCUCCUGGCUUGCUCGAGUGGCUGCCUGGAAGUUGCCCGUAUGUUGGUGGAGUCACGAGCCGACAAAGACCGGCCAAACAACUUCGGCAGGACGCCCUUAGCCAUGGCGUGCUCGUGGGGCCAUAUUGAGGUUGCCCAGAUGCUGGUGGAGGCCGGCGUUGACAAAGACACAGCUGACAGUGCAGGCAGGACGCCCCUGACAGAGGCGAUUAGGCAAGGCAACACCCAGCUUGUCGACCUUCUUCAAGAUUGA